AGGGUUUGGAACCAAUUUGUGCACAUCUAGGGUCGUGAGCCUGUUCGAGCUUGAUAAGUGAAUCUCAAGCUCGGGCUUGUUCACUAUUGAGCUAUUGUUGAAAAGGUUAUAGCAUUCCGACACGGAGGGAAAUCAGAAUUUGAGGAUUAAACAGUUGAGUUUACUUCAAAGGAUUUAUUAGGUGAAAAGUCUUACGACCCUGUUCUUGUUGAAGCUUCAUAUAAUUCGUGGGUCCAGUUGCUUAAAGAAACAUCAGAGACCAGUGGUGAUUUUGCGUUAGAGGAGGCAAAUAAGAGAUCGAAACUCGAGGAGAAGCAUCUUAAAGCGGAGUCUGUUAGGAAGAAAUCCAAAGAGAAGAAAUUAGCAAAAUGGGAAGCUCAGGGAUAUCGAUCUCUGUCGGUUAAAGAUGUAGUGCUACCACAAGCUUAUGUCCUGUCGGAUUCGGGUUUGGUAAAUUUAGUUUAUGGAGACUGCACUCAGCCGUCGAAAAUUUGUCCAUCAGAGCCAUGUAUAAUAUUUAGUUGUGUGGAUGAUUCUGGAACUUGGGGCCACGGUGGUAUGUAUGAUGCACUCGCUAGACUUUCAUCACAAAUUCCAGAAGCAUAUGAGCACGCUUCUGAAUUCGGGGACCUUCAUCUUGGUGAUCUCCAUCUUUUAGAAAUUACUGCAGGUGAAGAUGAGGAGAAUAAAGAUGGUAAUGCUAAUCAUUGGGUAGCUCUAGCUGUGGUUCAAACGUAUAAUCCCAGACGCAAAGUGCCUCGUAGCAGUAUCUCUAUUCCUGAACUGGAACAGUGCUUGUCGAAAGCUUCGUUUUCUGCUGCUCAAAAGGGUCGGCUUCGAUCCACAUGCCGCGAAUUGGUCAUCAGAAUGGGUCAGACCGGUCAGAAGGGUACUCGGUUGAACGUCUUAUUAGGAAAUAUGCUGCUUAUAUUGCAUAAAGAUAUAUGUGUGAGUCCUUUCAGAACCACUCAACAAAAUGUGAUAAUAUUAUUGCAUCGGCAUGAAGGCUUUAUGAACCAAAAGGCUUAUAUGGCAUAAAGAUAUAUUUGUUACAGGUGGCUGAUGUAGUACUGCAUGAAGGCUAUGUUGUCAAAGACGCAAGGCGCAUCGGCCUCGCCCGGAGCCUAGGCGCAAGGCGUAAAAAAAGUGUGGGCUUUUUUAAGAAAAGCGCACAUAGAGAAAAAAAUAUAAAAAAUAUGUUAUGCUUUGAAAAUAAAUAAUAUUCCACAUAUAAAAUUAAAAAAAAAAAAAACUAUUAUACAUGCCAUUUAAUUUAGUUGAACUCGUGCGUGCCCACACGAAUGCAGCUCCGGAAACCCGGGCCCGCGUGAGCCAGUUUUUGCACGCACUCGGUUUCUGUUUUACCUUUGUUCCCUGCGCCUCAACCACGUUUUUUGCGCCUAGGCGCGCGCUUUUUGCGCCUCAGAACUGUUUUUUUCAAAAAAAGCCCGUUUUUGCGCCUAGGCUACCACCAGGCGCUGUAGGUGCGCCUCGCUGCGCCCGGGCGCGCGCUUUUUGUGGUUUUGACAACAUAGCAUGAAGGCCAAACAUUUGAUCUCUCCAUGGUUUUGCACUUGGUGACAAUUUUGUGUGACAGGGAAUCAUAUAAACCAAAAGGCUUUAUGUCUAUUGUACAUAGAUCACUUGCGGAUGUUAUUGGUACCUAUUCGAAGUGGAUGUU